UCUCUCUCACACACACACACACACACAGAUAGAAAGGCUCUGAGGUUUUCUCCUAUUUAUUGAUAUUAUUGAUGAGAUGUUCAGGAGCAGUGUGUGUAUGCUGUGCGCAUGCGCCGAGACCCAGGAUGGAUGAAAGAGUUUGUGACUUUGAUGAUCAGCAGAGAUCUUAGCAGGAACUUCAAAGGAGCAGCAACUACAGAGAGAUGGCGAGCGAUCGUAUGGCCAUCCUGAACGACGAUGAGGAGGAACAGAAAAGGAGGUACGUCCUGGCUGAGCCGUUUAACACCCUGUCGUUGGGGACGGCAAACGGCACUCCGCCCAGUCAACCACCGUCAUCUACCUCCACCGACUCGCCGCCCCCUCCGCCCUCUUCUAGUACAGACUGCCUGGAGCGGAUGUGUAUGAGAAUAGACGAGCGCCUCCUGAUCUCCAAGAUCUUCUACUUCUUCUUCUACUCCGCGUACGGUUCCCUGCAGCCUCUCCUGGCGGUCUACUACAAGCAGCUGGGCAUGACGCCGAGUCAGGGUGGCCUCUUGGUGGGGAUCCGCUACUUCAUCGAGUUCUGCAGCGCACCGUUUUGGGGUGUGGUAGCGGACCGGUUCAACAAGGGCAAGGCUGUUCUGCUGUUCUCCGUCUUCUGCUGGGUGGUGUUCAACUGCGGCAUCGGCUUCGUCCGGCCCGCAGACAUAUCUUGCGUGGAGCACGUAACGGUAAACACGACGACUCCGAGUUCCUCAGGGAACCACUCCAGAAACCGUCGAUACCUCACGGGGGACUUGUACGGGGGCGACAGUUCCCUCAGUCGGUCUGUAAGAAGCGAUAACACAAACACAUCCCUGUUCACUACACCUACACCUCAACAGCCCACUAUCAUCUACGAUCAAAGCCAAGUGGAGACCAUUUUCCUCAUAAUCCUGCUGGUAAUCAUCAUCGGGGAGUUCUUCAGCGCUCCGGCGGUGACCAUCGUCGACACAGUGACCCUGCAAUACCUGGGAAGGCAGCGCGACCGCUACGGCCUCCAAAGGAUGUGGGGUUCUUUAGGAUGGGGUAUAGCCAUGUUAGCUGUCGGCAUCUGGAUCGACCACACACACAUCAAGCUGGUCAUCCAGGGAGUCGGCUGCAACCUGCCGGACUACAAGAACUACCAGGUCGCCUUCAUCGUCUUCGGCGUUCUGAUGACCUUAGCACUCAUCGUCGCCACUCAGUUCCGCUUCGACUCCAGGUUUGGGUCUGAACCCGCAGAACCAGGUGUGAAACAACAGGUGGAAAUCCCUCAUGUAGUCCAGAACACGUCUGAGGAAGUCCCGGUGCAUCCCGGGUCGAACACGCAACCCCGGUUUCCGCUCAAGGACCUGAUUCGGCUGCUGUGCGGGAUCCGUUACGGCUCCGUGCUCUUCGUGGCCUGGUUCAUGGGCUUCGGUUACGGCUUCGUCUUCACGUUUCUGUACUGGCACUUGGAGGACCUGAACGGGAGCACCACGCUGUUCGGGGUGUGCGCCGUGCUCAGUCACACCUCCGAGGUCGCCGCCUACUUCAUCAGCCACAAGCUCAUCGAACUCGUCGGUCACAUCAGAGUGCUGUAUAUCGGGUUGGCCUGUAACACUGCGCGCUACCUCUACAUCUCCUACCUGGAGAACGCUUGGGUGGUUCUGCCCAUGGAGGUCCUUCAAGGUCUGACCCACGCGUCGGUGUGGGCCGCGUGUAUCUCGUACCUGAGCGCCGCGGUGGCUCCGGCUCUGAGGACGUCUGCUCAGGGGAUCCUUCAGGGCCUGCACCUGGGGCUGGGGCGCGGCUGUGGCGCCAUGAUCGGAGGAGUGUUCGUCAAUUUCUUUGGUGCGGCUGAAACGUUCAGGGGUUUGGGAAUGGCGUCUCUCAUCAUCCUGCUCCUCUUCGCCCUCAUCCAGAGCCUCAUCGGCCCGAGAGAUAACAGACGAGACAUGAUGGCUGAGAACAUUCCGGUACCUUCCAGUCCCGUUUCCAUCGCCACCAUUGACUUGGUGCCGAACCAGAGACGGUCGGAGACGAACAGAAACACGGACGCGGCUGCAGCUGCCAAGAAGAGCAAGUUCCAGGAGGAGCAGGAGGACGUGAACAAGCCGGCGUGGGUGGUGUCCACUUCCCCCUGGGUCACCAUGUCCUACGCCCUUUACCAUGUCAAGGACAUGGUGUCCACCUUGAGGAGCAACCGUCUGGCGAGGGAGCUCCACCCACAGGGGGAAAGUGGUGAGCCGGUGUCUGCAGCGCCAUCUCCUGGAGAACAUCAUCCAGGUCCUUUCAGCAGUGCUCCAGAGCAGAUCUCUUCUCCUGAUCUUCCCAUCUCCGAUCGUCCCGUCUCCGAUCGUCCCAUCUCCGCUCGUCCCAUCUCCGAUCGUCCCGUCUCCGCUCGUCCCGUCUCCGCUCGUCCCGUCUCCGAUCUUCCCGUCUCCGAUCUCCCCGUCUCCGAUCUCCCCGUCUCCGAUCUCCCCGUCUCUGAUCGUCCCGUCUCCCAUCACACAGACUCUGGAGAACCAUCAGAAGAUCAGCAGAGGAGUUCCGCCAAAGAGCCAGAGCCUGCACACACACCUGUCUCGCCUCAAAAUCCACCUGAUCCAUGACCUCCUGUUUAUGAACGUUCUGUUGUAUAAAAUGACUUUAUAAUGUAAAUAAUGCGUACUGUACAAAUGUCUGAUGGUUGUCAAUGCAGUAACUGCGAUUUGCACUGCCAGGCCAGGGUUUAGACUUUACGCUGAACAGGAAACCCAGGUAAAACCUCUGCUGUAUUUAUGGUCUCACGGCACAGAACAAGGACACGACGUUCUCCUCACGAGGCUGCUUUCACACUCGAUGUUGACCAUCGGAACAUGUUUUACACACGCCGGCAUUCACAGUGAGACAGACGAGCUUUUAUUUUGUAUAUAAAUCCACAACAGUUAGCACUGAACCUCUGAGCGUGGGAGAAAUGACAAAUCAUGUGGUGCGUUGUUUUUGGUGGACUUCAAUUCUCCGCUUUAAUUAAUUACUGUUUGACGCACAAAAAAACAGUAGAAUAACUUAACAGGGGUUUAAUCUUAUGUUCUCAAGUACGACCUCUUCAUUAAACAUAUAUAGAGAGAGUACAACAAAAGUCUAAAAGGAAGGUUUUAUUAUUAUUAUUAUUAUUGGUGUGUCUGGUGAGCGUACGUAGUUAAAUUAGUUAGCUCGCUUUGCUAAUCUACUCUGAGAAUGAAGCUGUUACGAGGGUCUGGUGCGUAACAACUGAUUUGAAUUUAACUAGGUAAAAUUACAAGGAUCUAUAGUAGCUAGUAUUUCUUAUUGUGGCAAAUAACCCCCAAGCCAGAUGGGACACAUCCUGUCACCCUGGAGACACACAAAACACAAAGUGACGCUUUCUAGUUGGGUAAAACAAACAAGUCUUUAUAUUGGUGAAUGGAAAUCAUGUAAUCAUCAGUAUUCCAACAACAAAACAACAAUAAUAAUAACAAUAAAGAGAUCACAUUGACUUGA